CUCUUGAAUGAGUAGAUGUUAUAAAACGUUUGACCGGUAGUGUAUGUUUAUUAAUUUAGUGACUAAGGGCCCUAGAGACAUGUCUCUGUGAAUGCAGAGGAGAGGAGACGUGGGGACGUGGGAAGGGUUGACGACAACAGCUGCCUCCCACAUGGCAUCCUAUUCCCUAUAUAGCUCACUUUUUGACCAGCACUAUAUAGGGAGUAGGGUUCCAUUUUUGGGACGCACACAACGUCUCUAAUUAUUCACAUUAGUGAUUACCCUGCAGCUGUCUGACGCCAAGCCUCAGCGGCUGGCUGCUAAAUCAUAUUUGGCACCGUCGUUAUCAGUUGUUUAGGGAAGUGGAGCGAGACAGGAGAUUGUAAUCCCUGAUUGCAAUGAACUGAAGUUUGGAGUCAGUUUGUGUCUUCUCUCAAGAAGAACGGUGGGGAGAUGGAGAUUUACGUCUACAGUACCCGUGUCUGUGUGUGGUGUGUGAAAUAUACGCCAAAUUAACAUUAUAUACAGUAGGCCUAUAUUAAGACCUUGUUCUAUAACUCUGUGCUAUUCAGAGGUGAUGCCUGUGUUCCACCUUGUUCUGUUACUCAGUCUUUUCAGAGAUGAUGCCUGUGUUCCACCUUGUUCUGUUACUCAGUCUAUUCAGAAAUGAUGACUGUGUUCAACCUGGUUCUGUUACUCAGUCUAUUCAGAGACGAUGGCUGUGUGUUCAACCUUGUUCUGUUACUCAGUCUAUUCAGAGAUGAUGGCUGUGUUCAACCUUGUUCUGUGACUCAGUCUAUUCAGAAAAGAUGGCUGUGAUCAACCUUGUUCUGUUUCUCAGUCUAUUCAGAGAUGAUGGCUGUGUUCAACCUUGUUCUGUUUCUCAGUCUAUUCAGAGAUGAUGGCUGUGUUCAAACCUUGUUCUGUUUCUCAGUCUAUUCAGAGAUGAUGGCUGUGUUCAACCUUGUUCUGUUACUCAGUCUAUUCAGAAAUGAUGGCUGUGUUCAACCUUGUUCUGUUACUCAGUCUAUUCAGAAAUGAUGGCUGUGUUCAACCUUGUUCUGUUUCUCAGUCUAUUCAGAAAUUAUGGUUGUGUUCAACCUUGUUCUGUUUCUCAGUCUAUUCAGAGAUGAUGGCUGUGUUCAACCUUGUUCUGUUACUCAGUCUAUUCAGAGAUGAUGGCUGUGUUCAACCUUGUUCUGUUACUCAGUCUAUUCAGAGAUGAUGGCUGUGUUCAACCUUGUUCUGUUACCUAGUCUAUUCAGAGAUGAUGGCUGUGAUCAACCUUGAAUAUUUGCCAACUUUAGCCUACAACACCAACAUCCCCCUUACUUAAUCCCUGGCAAAUGAAACAGACCCCCUUUAGACAAGCUGUUAGAAAGGUCCUGAUAACAUCCUGAAGCUCCUCAGACUUUAAUUUUCCUCUCCCAUUCAGCAGCACCAGAAAUCAUCUGUCCUGUAUAUCAUAUGGUUCCCAUUGGUUCAGCUGGAGGGUAUUGUUCCAAAUGGCACCCUAUUCCCUAUGUAGUGCACUAAAUUUGACCAGAGCCCUAUGGGUAGUGGUCAAAUGUAGUGCACUAUAUACAGUAGGGAGUAUGGUGUCAGAGUACUACAGUAUAUAGGGAUUGGGUGCCAUUUGGGAGUAGCUCUAAUGUGUGUGAGUAAUGCAGGGGAGGUGUGUUUACUUACAUUACUGUCAUCUUUUGUGUUUUAAUUCACUCACUUCCUCUGCACGGCGCACACAGCAGCCUGGAGGAGAAUAUCCACACGCAUUUCAAAGUUGUCUUUGCAGCCUGUAGCUUUUACAGCAUCGCUCUUAGGGUUGCAAAAUUCUGGUAACGAAGAAUAAAUUCCCAGAUUGUCCAGAAUACCUAGUUGGAAGAUUCUGAAUUUCUUGAUUCCCUCCUGAUUUCAGAAAUCCUCUAACUGGGUUUUUGGGAAAACCAGGGAAUUUAUUGAUUAUUCCCUCCUGAUUUCAGAAAUCCUCUAACUGGGUUUUUGGGAAAACCAGGGAAUUUAUUGAUUAUUCCCUCCUGAUUUCAGAAAUCCUCUAACUGGGUUUUCGGGAAAACCAGGGAAUUUAUUGAUUAUUCCCUCCUGAUUUCAGAAAUCCUCUAACUGGGUUUUCUGGAAAACCAGGGAAUUUAUUGAAAGUUCCCAGAAUUUUGCAACUCUAGCUCUGACAGAAAGCAGAACCCUCCGACUGGGUCUGAACUGACAUAGGCAGAAGAAGAAGAUGGAGUAUUUUUCCAUUGUCAUUUUUUUGUGCAAUUGGUUCAAUGGGAUGAUACCCAGUUGUCCUUCAUCUUUUCACAUGGUUUUCUAUAACAGGACGUUUCCAUUGAGUGAAAGUCCCUCCUGGUUUCAAGUGGGUUAAUGACUGAGAUGAUUAAUGACAUGUGGAAAUUGUCUCUACCCCCUUAGUUCAUAUAAAUGCCAAAAUUACAUAUUUAUUUUCUGACCUCAACCAGUUUCACAACUGUUCAGUUAACCAUGACACUUGUUGUCUAAUGUUAAGGUAUUGCUUCUAGGGCCCUUGGGGUUCAUUUUGAUCCAGCACCAGAAGAUACAACUGCCUCCAUACUCGCCCUACAGCCCAACAGUCUGUCUCACUGGUGUGGUAUGAGAUGUUUAAUGUACGAGUUUGUUUUACCGUUCUCCCAUCACUUACUUAGUUUAUUGAAAGAUCACAGGAGCCUACAUGAAUAUGAAGUCAUCCUGCAGCGAAGGGUCUGUCUAAACAACACUUAGAAUGUCCUCAAACGUUCAAUUCAUGAUGUCCAGUCCGAACCACUUGGACUGGAAUGAAACAAACAUUCAACCAGCGUCUCUUGGACAUUGCAGGCAACAGAGUUCUAAUUCCAUGUCAGAAGUAGAGUUGCCUGCUUUAGAUCCAGUCCAGUAUAUACACCUUAACUCAGGUCUGUAGAUCCAGUCCAGUAUAUACACCUUAACUCAGGUCUGUAGAUCCAGUCCAGUAUAUACACCUUAACUCAGGUCUGUAGAUCCAGUCCAGUAUAUACACCUUAACUCAGGUCUGUAGAUCCAGUCCAGUAUAUACACCUUAACUCAGGUCUGUAGAUCCAGUCCAGUAUAUACACCUUAACUCAGGUCUGUAGAUCCAGUCCAGUAUGUAUACCUUAACUCAGGUCUGUAGAUCCAGUCCAGUAUAUACACCUUAACUCAGGUCUGUAGAUCCAGUCCAGUAUGUACACCUUAACUCAGGUCUGUAGAUCCAGUCCAGUAUGUACACCUUAACUCAGGUCUGUAGAUCCAGUCCAGUAUGUAUACCUUAACUCAGGUCUGUAGAUCCAGUCCAGUAUGUAUACCUUAACUCAGGUCUGUAGAUCCAGUCCAGUAUAUACACCUUAACUCAGGUCUGUAGAUCCAGUCCAGUAUGUACACCUUAACUCAGGUCUGUAGAUCCAGUCCAGUAUGUAUACCUUAACUCAGGUCUGUAGAUCCAGUCCAGUAUGUAUACCUUAACUCAGGUCUGUAGAUCCAGUCCAGUAUGUAUACCUUAACUCAGGUCUGUAGAUCCAGUCCAGUAUAUACACCUUAACUCAGGUCUGUAGAUCCAGUCCAGUAUAUACACCUUAACUCAGGUCUGUAGAUCCAGUCCAGUAUGUAUACCUUAACUCAGGUCUAUAGAUCCAGUCCAGUAUAUACACCUUAACUCAGGUCUGUAGAUCCAGUCCAGUAUGUACACCUUAACUCAGGUCCAGCAGAGUAGGGGUCCUUUUUUGGUAGUGGGGGGCGAUGUGCUGUGUUUGGUUCCUGCUCAUUUUCAGGAGGGACCAUUCAAUGAAACACAGCUCCCUGGGCUUUGUCAUGGUGACACAAUGUUUAGGGGGCUGGGACGAGAAGAGUUGACUAGGACUGUAUUAGGCUGGUGAUCUCCAAUGCCCAGAGACAGUUCAUAGUAAACACCCUGGGAAGAUAGGUAACACUUGUGUUGCUAUUUUACCUGUGUAAUAACACUGUAAUUAAACCAGUAACAGACUUGUAUUAGCAUGUUGUUACAUAAUACUUUAGUAAAUACAUUAUUUUGACCGUUUCAAUAAUGCAACUGGUUUGAUACCUCAAAAUGAGUCAGCACAGCUCACAGCAAUAGACUUUUCAGCUCAUUCUGCUGAACAUCAAUACUUUUUGUGUGAUAACAGAGUACUGACAGUGCAAGAGAAAUGAGGUCCCUAACAGGAAAUGUGGAAAAAGUUGAGACUCAUUCUGGAAGAUGAAUGUGUCUAGAAGAGGUUCACUCAUGGGUCAUUACUUAGCUGGUACCAGAGACAGACUGGCCAUAGGACAGUUCUGGCAAAUGCCAGAUGGGUCGUCCAUCUUUAGCCCGGUGGGCCUGUCUGAAUUGGGCUUUUUCUGGUGUUCCCCAGUCUGUCCCUGAGUGGUACUGUACUGAAAUGAUGUUUUCCAGUCUAGAAGUGUCAAGUGGAAUCAUCAAACUAACUUCUCACUUCAAAUGAUCUUUGUUAUGAUUCACUUUGGUUUUCCUUGCUAACUUAAUGUUUGUAUUGAUGUAAAUAAUGGAAUGUGUGUUUUAAAGAGAUCCCAGAUCUUGAGUUGAAAUGUAGUCAUAUGUGCCUCAUGGCUGUUAUAGGAGGAUGCCACUUGAUUUUUCUCAUUUGUAUGAAACCUCUGAAAUCAGCUUUUGUGAAAAAGACUUACCAAUUUCCAGUUACUUUUUUUCAGUCUCACAGGAAUAAAUUCCGGGAUAUUCCACAAGACUGUAUUCGCUUCCCAAAUGGCACCCUAUUCCCUUUAUAGCACACUAUAGUGCCCCCUGGUCAAAAGUAGCGCACUAUAAAGGGAACAGGGUGCCAUUUAGGAAACAGUCUGUGGUACAGAGAGUCCUUGUUUAGUGAUGUCACAGUUCAUGUAAACUUAGGAAGACUUCCUCUCUAAGUAUCCUCAGCUAAAAGACCGGGGACCGGAUUAGUUAGUGUGAUGCUGAGCGGAAGAGCAGACAGGGAGGCUAAGGCACAGAGAGACAGAACUGUGGGGUUUCCUUUUAAAUGUUUAGAUAUGGGAAGAGUGCAGAGCCGUAUGCUGGGGAGCAGAGGACCAGAGGUAAACAGUGAAAUGAGGCGUUGACACAGUAGAGGCAUAAACUAGGAAGCCUUAGGGGCAGUGAGGUUCUGGACUGAGGAGGCCCUGGUCUCUCUACUAACCUCAAGGGGACCAAGACGUAACCUCAAACUGGCCAACAGAUUUAUUGAUCUCCUCACUCUUCUCUAGGCGUUGAGGCCGCGGGGCCAACCACAGAACCAUGGAGCCUGCCUAUACUGGGAUGUCACUGGAUAACUCAACCUCAACAGUGAUGCCCAUGGCGACCUCCGCCGGCAACACCAAUGUGAGCAGAGAGCCGUACAUGCACCGCCUGGCCCAUCUAGACGAGGGUCUCUACAAUGACUUCUACAGCCUGUGGAUUCUGGUGGUGGUCAACACACUCAUCUUCAUGGUGGGAAUGGUUCUCAACACCCUGGCCCUGUACGUGUUCUGCUUCCGCACCAAGCCCAAGACAACCUCAGUCAUCUACACCAUCAAUCUGGCUGUCACAGACCUACUGGUUAACCUCUCCCUGCCCACACGUAUCAUUCUCUAUUACAGUGGGGGAAAGUGCCUCAACUGCUCCUAUGUGCAUAUAUUCAGCUACUUUGUCAACAUGUACUGCAGCAUCCUCUUCCUCACCAGUAUAUGCGUGGACAGAUACCUGGCCAUAGUACAGGCUGAGGCCUCUAGGAAGUGGAGGAACCCUAACGUGGCCAAGGGGGUGUGCAUUUUCAUCUGGCUCUUCGCUAUCGUGGUCACCUACUCCUUCCUCACCACGGCGUUCCGACACGCGGGCUGCUGCGUCUCCAAGCUCUUCGUCCUGACCGUCUUCGAGUUCUUCCUCCCCUUGGUCGUCAUUGUGGUGUUCACCGUGCGCAUCAUGUGUGCCCUGUCCAACUCCAGUCUGAUGCAGCAGAGCAGAGAGAGGCGCGUGCGGGCCGUGCAGCUCCUCACCACUGUCCUGGUCAUCUUCACCAUCUGCUUCACCCCGUUCCACGUCAGGCAGGUGCUGGUGUACUUCUACCCCAACAUGCCCCACCACAUCAUUGUCUACCACGUCACUGUCACCCUCAGCAGCCUGAACAGCUGCAUGGACCCCAUCGUCUACUGCUUCGUCACCAACAACUUCCAGUCCAGCAUGAGGGGCUUCUUCCGCAAGGCGGAGGCAGAGCUGGAGCAGACCAGUGGGAACAUCAUCAGCAUGCAGAAUAGCUCCAAGGGCUCGGGGACUGUCACAGCUAUCGCUCACAGUGUGAUGAUGAACGUCCUGUCCUCCUCCUCUCCCCAGCAUGGGAACCACAUAGCGUUAGACUGAGAAAGGGAUGGGAAGAUUGAGGAAUGGGAUGUUCAGUGUUCAGAGAGAGAUGGACUUCUAUUGCCUAACUGUGACACUCUGGAGUGCAAUUGACAUACUACAGUAGGCUAUUCUCCCAUUUGAGAAAAUGCUUUCCUGCUUCUAUUAUUGUAGCCUAUUGUUGGCUUGGAAAUGUAAGUACUUGAAGACAUUUUCGGACAAGAAACGUUAUUUCUCCUGUGUUGGCCUACACCAGUCACGAUGGAGGGCAUUGACACUGAAUACGACCUAUAACGUGUUUAUUGCAGCAUGAUUUAUUUCUACUGUAUAAUUAUCAUCUGAGGAGUAUUUGUUUACUUUGAUCCUAGAUUUGAUGGACCUCUGACAAAAUAGACAAGUAAUAUUCUACUGCAUUGCUAUGGAAACAAAUAGAAAUAUAUGAUUAACAGCUUCUGUAGAUUAAUGUGUGACAUUGUUGUCACAAUACAUAUUUAUCGUCAGCCUUCUCAGAAACUGGUUUUAUGCUAAACUUAUAUUACUGGCAAAUAUUACCAAACCAAUUGUCCAAAAACAUAUAGAAUAAAACAUACAAAACCUUAUUGAUUUUAUAGCAAGAACUCAUUUAAUUUAGUUUGUAUUACUGUUGGAGGGCCAGUAGCGUGCACUCUUCACUCUGCCCCAGGGCAGUGAAGGGGAUAUUUAUUGACCUGUGUAGGGUGCCUAGUUUCGGCUGGGACAUUAAACAGGUGUCCUGACUCUCUGUGGUCAUAAAAAAAAAAAACAUGGCACUUAUUG